AUGCACUUUUCAUCUUCUGUUCAUUUUACUGGUUUCCCAAGCUAUUAUACUAGUGCCGCUGCUAUGUCUGAAGGACGAGUCAAAACCGGGUCCGCUCAUGGAAAUAGCCACAAUGAGUCCAUCAACAAUGUCUCAUCUGCUAGUGACGCACUUGAUGCUAUGUGCUUGCUACAGCCAUUUGAGUAUCUACCAGGUCUUUAUUAUCCACCAAAUAACAGCUUGGCUGAACCAGUAAUGAAUAUGAAUGAACCAAGCAACGUUAAGCAACAACUUUCUUAUCAAAUGCUUUCGCAUAUUUCUCAAUGCACAUAUACGCCACUGGAAGCAAUCGAGCAGGGCUCCUCUGCCCCACUGGCGGCGACCCCAAUUCUAAAUAGAGUUUCCCAUAGUUCCAUCUUCAUCAACAGUUUUGAGCCAUCGCUGGUUGUACAGAAUUCGAAAUCCGGUACCGAUGCACUCAAAGAAAAGAAAAAGUCGGCUAAAGAACGUAAGGGGGAUCAAAAUGAAGCUGGUUCUUCAUACCAGAGACACGUUUAUGUCCUAAAAGCUUGCAAAACAUGCAAAGCUGCCCAUGUCGCUUGUGAUGUUGAACGUCCUUGCCAACGAUGCCGUAGAAUCGGCAAAGAAGAUUCUUGUGAAGACGCCGAACGAAAGAAAAGAGGCCGUCCCUCUUUAGCCAAAACUGAAAACCGGCUUAAAGCUCAGGUUAUUAAACACAACACCGACCACCCCAAAUGUACAACGUCUAUUAAAGACAUUCCAAUUAAAUCACCCAACCAAGCUCAGUAUCCAGAAAAAUGGUUUCUGAGUUGGCAGCUCCCUUCGGCUAAUAAAUCUGCUGGCACAGAUCAAAGUCGUACAGGACCACCAUACCGUAUUGCUCCAUGCGAUAACGGACCCACCAUUGAUGACCUUGCUAUCAAGCAUGAGUAUCAGAGCAGCACCAACUACUCUUCGACUUCAAAGAGAAGAAGUCGCUCACUUGAAAUAUACGACCAUCAUUCUACAUAUCAGCAACCACGCAACAACCCUUACCAUCAAGUAGAUACACAAGGUACACACAAUGUCUCCGAUGCCUCUUACAGAGUAAACGGUUCGUAUAGACAAGGAUAUGACGCUGAGCGAUGGCUUUGCUACCCUGAGGGUCAAAGUCAACCAUAUCUGUACUAUUCGCAACCUACAUCGCCAUGGACACCAACAUUUCCAGUAGAAAGGAACGCUACACAUUCAUCCACACAUGCUCAUUUUCAAUAA